AUGGCGAGACGAACAUCUGCAGGAGAAAAUGCAACACCGAUUAGGAGAAGUAGAAGAAUUGCAGGUAGAAGAAGAGGCGAAAUUGCAGAGACAUCAAGAAUGGGAGAGAGGAACAAAAGACCUCAACCGAUCAGAUUUCAGAUCCAACAGGAACCAAGGGAGAACGACCAAAGAAAUCUUGAUGAAGUAAGUGUUCACACUACGGAUACAGAUACCGCAGAAGAAAAUGAAGAGGGAACACAACAGGAAAGAGCAGUAGGAGAAAAUGAAGACAACAUGACCAUUGGAGAACUAAGGCAGCAAUUGGCAGAUGAAAGAAGAAGAGAAGAGGAACUGCGUGCGAACUUGACGCGACAAAAUGAUGAGCUAAGAGUGGAAAAUCAGCGAUUAAAAGAGAAAAGGUCACAAUCACGAUCCAGAACAACACGUGCGGGCUCGAGAUCAAGCAGGAGUACUACUAGGAGAAGUAGAUCUGAGCACGGAGAUAAUAUACAGGGACAAUUUAUGGAUAAUAGUUUGGAUGACAAUUUUCAGGUGAACGAAAACUCGCAGGAUGAACGUGAACGCAAUCGCAUAGAAGAUCGGUAUAUCCAAGUAGGUGAGGAUGAACUCAGGCGAAGACAUCGUAGAGAAGGUAGAUUGGAGCGAAAUGGAGAAUACAACCGCAUGCAUGAUGAAGAGAAAAGCGAGAGAACGAAGCAGAACAUGCAAGGAUGA